AUGAAGGCCUCUUCAAUCCUGGCACUUCUCAGCCUUGGGCUCCCUGUCCUAGCUGCGAGUAUCCCCCAGUAUCUUGAAGACCCUCAAAACUUCUACGUUAGCGGCGUCGUUAAGGAGGCCGGCACAGAUGAUGAGUUUAUUCCGUCAAGACCCGCUGCGAGCAACGACGUCACCUUCUCUUGGUGCAGUGAUUACAACCAGAACGCCACUUGUUCUCAGAUGAAGCUCAAGCACAGCUGGUGUUAUGACCUGGGUGCUUUGGACCCUAAAAUUACGAAACAGUUGGAGGGCGUUGGCGCAUCUAAUGGUAGAUGCAUGAUGUUUCGAAACAAUGAAUGCAAGGGCGAACACACGGCCAUGUUUGUUGGCGAACAUCUGUGGACAAGGUUUCUGUGCCCCAUGAGCCACGUGAAAUGGCACAAACAGGCAGCGUCAGUUCGCUGCUGUGCUGGUAACCCAGCGGAUCCGUGGUGCGAUAAGAAGAUCAGGAGCCCGGAAGGAUGUGUCGCGCCACCUUAA